AUACCUGUCUCUUUUCAAUUCGGACUCGAAUUUUUUAUAGAAUAAUAUAGGGAGGGCUUAAUUCAUUAUUCAUAUACUAAGAAUUUAUCGAGUACGCAUAAAAUGAAGCAUCAACAUAACCUUGAAAAAUUAACUUAACGAAGAAAAGUGAGGUUAUGUUGAUCAGAGAUUGACGUUUCUAUCUACGCGAUUUAAACAUGGGUUUGUUUGGAAAAUCGCAGGAAAAAAAUCCCAAAGAAAUGGUUCAAGAAUGGACUCACAAAUUAAGGAAGGAAGGUUAUCAGCUUGACAGACAGGUUAGAGCAAUUCAGAGGGAAGAGGAUAAAGUCAAACGUUCCUUAAAAGAAGCAGCGAAGAAAGGAGAUAAAGAUGUGUGCAAGAUCCUUGCAAAAGAGAUUAUAAGGGCUCGUAAGGCCUGCAACAAAAUUUACACUUCCAAGGCACACCUAAAUUCUGUGUCAUUACAAAUGAAAAAUCAAUUGGCCACCAUCAGAGUCGCUGGUUCAGUUUCAAAGUCUACAGAAGUGAUGCAAGCGAUGCAAUCUUUGAUAAGAGUACCAGAAGUAGCUGCGACUAUGAGAGAAAUGUCAAAGGAGAUGAUGAAAGCAGGAAUUAUCGAAGAGAUGUUAGAUGAAACAAUGGAUUCUAUCGAGGAUUCUGAGGAGAUGGAGGACGAAGCCGAUGAAGAAGUUGAUAAGAUUUUAUGGGAGGUGACGGCUGGUCAAUUGGGUACAGCUCCUGCAGUUAUCACGGAGAAUCCUGAAUCAGUUGCAGCCUCCACAUCUGUGGAAGAAGAAGUAGAAGAUGAUGAUAAAGAGCUUGAAGAAAUGAAAAACAGAUUGCAGAGCCUUCGCAGCUAGAUGUGCUAAAUAUUUUAAGUAUAUUUGCAUUAAAUGUCAGGGAAAAAUAAGUAUAAUAAUAUUAACAUACAAUUAUUAAAUAAUACAAUUAUUAAAGAAAUAAUAAC